AUGAAAAAAUAUAGGCGUAAUUUUGAUGAAGCUAUAAAUGAGAAGAUGAUGAGACUUGGUAGUGAGGUGGCAGACACUGUUGCUUAUGCCGUAGCAACAAAAGCACAAGACAAACUAAUUCAAUAUGGUGCAACUAGAGCUAAGAAUAGUAAAAGUAUGGCAUUGAUACAAGAAUUGGCUGAUUCAAUAGAAAUUGUUGAUGAAAAGUCAAGAGUCGUGUCUACUGGUUCUGGAUAUUAUGCGUAUAAGAAAAAAAUAUCUGGACCUUUAGUAAAAAUACCUACUGGUAAAAACAGAAUUGCACUAUUUCUUGAAUUUGGAACUGGUCUUGUUGGUGCAAAUAGCAGAAGCGAUGAUAUCAAGGAAGAGUCAAAGCGAUUUGGUUGGAGAUACGCUAUUAAUGAUGGAACAGAAAAAACUAUAAACACAUUAAUUGGUAAAUUUAAAACUAAAUGGUAUCCUACAAUAACUCUUGAAUCUGGAAGAAAGAUAACUGGUUUCAUUUUUAGGAGAAAAGGUGAAGAAUAUAAAGACCCAAUUGCAAUUGGUGAUAUUGGAACUCAACUUUUCUAUUUCAACCCAUCUAACACUGCAAGCUCUACAUUCACAAAUGGUUGUUUUGAAUAUGCUGUUCCUAUUACAGCAGGUGGAGAAUUUGGUGGUGAUGUAGAAUCAUUUGAUGCUCCAGAAACAGAUUUGGAUUACAUUCCAAAGAUUUCAGGAAGAACAUCAUUGAAUGAUAUUGCAUACACAUUAAACUACACAAAAGAAAGAUAUGCUAGAGCAAGAGAAAUUUCAAGUUCAACAACUCCACAAACAUAUAUGGAAGUUUUGAGCGAUGGUUCAGCAGUAAUUUUCAAUGCAACUUGUGGUAGACCAACAAUCACUUCUGGUGAUGUAAGACAAAUUGGUUUCACAUUAGUUCCACAACUUAUGAUUUGGGUUUCAGAUAUUUAUAAUUUGACAGCAGAUGAAUUGGAACAACUUGAUGAAGAUUGGUAUACAACCUCAUCAGGAACUUCAAAAAUCAAUAUUGAUGUUGAUUCAAUCCCAUCAUAUAGACCAGAAUAUUACACAGCAAAAAACAACUAA